AUGCAUGGCUGCUCAUGGACGCACGCUGUCCUGCUCCUCCUCGCAUUCCCGCUCGCCGGAGCACAGCCGUGGGCACGUUGCGACAGCAGCAGCGCCAACUACUCGGCAGGCAGCACAUACGAGGCCAACCUCCUAAGUCUCGUCUACGCCCUCCAACAGAACGCCUCCUCCUCGCCGUACCUCUUCGCGUCCGGCUCCCUCGGCAGCGUCUACGGCCUGAUGCUCUGCCGCGGCGACAUCAGCCUCACCGACUGCUACGACUGCGGCAACCUCGCCCGCCGGGACGCCCAAACGGCCUGCAGGCGCCGCAUCAGGGACGUGGCACUCUGCUACAACCAGUGCUACGUUCGCCUGUCGGACAAGAACUUCCUCGCGUCCACCGACAACUCCGGCUUGCUAUAUCUGUACGGCGGUAACCUCUCCAGCAGCGACGUCGCUGGCUACAACAGGGCGGUCACCAGCCUCCUCAACGCCACGGUGCAGUACGCUGUCGACAACUCGACCAGGCUCUUCGCCACAGGGGAAUGGGUAGGGCCGGACCCUGGGUUCAGCCAUAUCUAUUCGGUGGCGCAGUGCGCGGCGGACCUGUCGCCGGCGCUGUGCCGGAGUUGCCUACAAGACCUAGUGGGACAGUGGUGGAGAAUCUUCCAGCCGAACUGGAGUGGCGCCAGAAUCGCUGGCUCCCGGUGCACCUUGAGGUCCGAAGUGGGACCGUUCUACAGCGGCGCUCCGAUGCUCUUGCUGCCCACAAAGGCAGCCACCCCACCGCCACCGGGACCAGCCCCAACAGCUGCACCAAGCAUUAGGGGAGGAGAGCUGCGGUAUUCAUUAGAAGAAGACUCGGGUUACAAGGAACCGAACAAAAGGAAAAAGGAACAAAAAGCAGCCGUAAGCGUUGGAGCUGAGCCCUCACUCUCGCGGUACGAACUGCCGACCCCUAGCCAGCACCCAAACAGCCAUCUCAUCGGCUACCUCAGCUACAACAAUGGUCACCGGCCUAUCCUUGUUAUCAAAGAUACGGCGGUUACGCUCCUUCCAGAGCACCCACAGCACCAAGAAGAUGAUGGACCAUGUGCGCUUGCGAUCACGCACCGUUGCCGCGGCGAUAGUGGAGGCUAG